GAGAGAGGACUGCAAUGCCGCGAGUAGUGAGCAGUGAUCAUGAACUGGGAAUAUCUGUUACUGGAAUAAGUCCGUUUAGCGAACAAAGAAGGACAGAAAUGGAGCGAGAGAAUAGUGUAGCGCAGCUAACAUUAAAUCUUCAUGAAGUGGCUGCGAAUGAAAAAUCAGGUAUCGAUGAGGUUAAUGGCGAUAAAUUGCCGGUAGUCACAAGAUGCGCAAGCCUUACCAGCGAAGAAAAUAGCGAUCUGGAAGUUCUAUUACGAGUGCGGUGUUUCGAUUUUCCCCUUCAAGUUCGUGGGUUGAUGCCAGACGGGAAUAAAUCAAACAAUACGUCAUCUAGAAGCAUGGAACGUUUCGACGCAAAUAGUCGAGAAACAAUUGCAACCCAGGAACGAGUGGUUUGUGAUCAGAAUGGAGAAACCAACCGCGAUGACGAGGCCAACAACUUGGAAGAUAAGGACCGAGAUGUUUCGCCUCUUUCUUCGUUGACAGUCCUUGAGGGCCAACGCGUGAAUUUAAGAGAAAAAGACGAAUUAAAAGCUCAGAAAAAACAACUUCGUCGCCAACCCACGGAGACAGGAAACAAACUCUCAUAUCAGACUGAAUCAUUAAACAACUCUAGUGAAGCACGCCGAAAUAGUCUUCCAAAACUAAUAUCUUCAAAACCCAAGAAACAGGAUACGCGACCGGUAUUGCACCUUCCGAAGGUUGAUAAAUACGAAAUCAUACCUAAAAACAUUAUAGACGUUAAAGUAUGCUCAGUGUUCCAAGUAAACGAUUUUAAAUCAUCCCUAAUCUAUUCAGGCUAUAAGGACAGUUGGGUUCCGAACCGUGACAGGAAUUUUAUGAAAAAUUCAGCGUUUUUCAAAGCUCUGAUGGAAAAACCCGCUGUAUUUCUAAAGCAGCCAUCUAGCUUAGCUGAAGAGUCGUUAGCGGCAGCGAUUCAAACUGUCGAAAAAACAAACGUAUCAAACGUAGAUUCCCCGUGUGUUGACGCUGAAUUGACCCGUCAAGAAAAGAAACUUGUGAUAAGGUUACCGCCAAUCUGUUGAGUUUGCAUUGUACGCCGAAGUGCUUUUUGACAAAAUCUUUCUGACAAGGUUACUUAGAGAUUGAUUGAUUUCUUAGUAGUCGCAUCAGCAUAUACAUUUUUCAAAAUAGAUUAUCAUGUGUCCUUGGAAGAUUAGGUUACUGAUGGUUAUUUUAGCUAAUAAAAGACCCUGCUAGAGAGUAGAUAACGUUCUACCAUCUUUAUCAUUGUUUGAAACGUAAAAUGAAAGAAGAAACGGACAAACAACAAAAAGGACAACAUUUUGGAAAUGUUUCAUUUUCAGACGGAAGAAAUAAAAAGAUCAGUUAACUGAGGCAUAUUUGACUUGUCCUCAUUUCUGUCAGUUUCCUUCUGUCUGGAUAAAUUACAACAAUGGCCCUAGCUCUAGCUAGCUCUCUACCAGCGCCAGGUUAUUGUUGAAUUCUGUCCACCUUUUGUCCGAAUAAUUAAUCAUUCGUACCGGCGGCUGUUAAAAUCUUCGUCCUCCCCGAAUAUAACUCGAUUUCAGUAGUUCUCAGUGUUAUCAAAAUUUACCCGUUGCUUGUCCAAGGGCAAAUUGUUCGAGAAAGUCGAGUCGGCCGAGUCUGAACAAUUUUUUAAAAAUGCUUUGCCACCAGGUGUUUGACAAAAGUGAAUAAAUAAAAUUGGAAACUGCUUUCAUUGUUUGAAGAACUAGUGGUAGAAAUGCUCCAGGGAGGGGACGAGCCAGGUGCAUCUAAAAAGAUAAAACAAAAGUGACGGGGAGGCUCGUGAGAAAUGUUGAAAGAAAACCACCCCCCUUCCCCCACCAAAACAGUGUACCAGAAUUUCCUUUUGUUGGUGUGAUAUCUGUGAGAAUUCGUUUUCUCACCUUAAAGUACCGGAAUAACUCUUAUGGUGGUCAUCAACUGAUGUAAGUACCCUAUUAGUACCGAAUUGUACACCCUAAAAUCACCCCCGUGACUUUUACGUGCGAGAAUGUAGAUCUCCCCCAGUCGAGGACCUAAUACUCGG